GUAGAGGCAGCGUCUAGUACUGUUUGGAAGAGAAAGCCAGGGGGUGCUGUUCCUGGGGGCACCAGCAGGGCCUCGCCAACCCAUCCUGAGAGAGUCGAUGGUGACAACUGAUACUUACAGUGACGUCAGGAGCAGCAGCAGCUUUGAUGCGCCGUGUCUGCCGGGAGCCAGGGCGUUAUUGCACGGAAAUAUGAUAGCGUCACGCAUUCCCCGCCCCACGGACCUGCUGGAAUAAUGAGCUGUGCUCCUGGUUGGGGAAGCACGCCGGGAUGUACAGAGCCGGGGACCCCGGGGAGCGUGUGCUGCUUGGGACAGCACCCCCUCGCGUCAGGACCGUGGAGGUCGCCAGAGGGAGGGCGGGGUAUGGAUUCACGCUCUCCGGCCAGGCGCCCUGUGUGCUCAGCUGUGUCAUGAGAGGGAGCCCUGCUGACUUCGUGGGCCUCCGUGCCGGCGAUCAGAUAUUUGCUGUCAACGAGAUCAAUGUGAAGAAAGCGUCCCACGAAGACGUCGUGAAGUUAAUCGGGAAGUGUUCGGGGGUCCUGCACAUGGUGAUUGGUGAAGGCAUCGGCCACCUGGAGUCCUGCUCCAGCGAUGAGGAGGUGGGGUUUUAUGAAGGAAAAGGCUGGCUGAAGCCCAAACUUGAUUCUAAGGCCUUAGGUAUAAACAGGGCAGAGAGAGUCGUUGAAGAGGUGCAGUCGGGAGGGAUUUUCAAUAUGAUCUUUGAAAGCCCGGGCCUUCGUGCCAGCAGUUCCGAGCCUCUGAAACUGAAACAAAGGUCCCUUUCGGAGUCAGCCACUGGGCAAUUUGACCUUGAGCAUGAAAGUAUAAAUGAUCCGAAUCCCAACCUGCUUUCUAAGGAGGAGACAGCGAAAGUGGUGCAUGCCGAUUCUGUUUUUGCUGUGGGACUGGAGAGUCAUGAGGACUUUGGGGUGGAUGCCAGCGUUCUGAACGUGGCCAUGGUAGUGGGCUACCUGGGAUCCAUCGAGCUCCCAUCCAGCGGCUGCAGCCUGGAGUCGGACAGUGUGCAGGCCAUCCGGGGCUGCCUGCGGCGCCUGCGGGCCGAGCAGAGGAUCCAUUCUCUGGUGACCAUGAAGGUCAUGCAUGACUGUGUCCAGCUCUGCACCGACAAGGCUGCCGUCCUGGCCCGGUACCCGGCUGAGAGGCUGGCGUUCAGUGCCGUGUGCCCGGACGACCGGAGGUUUUUCGGACUGGUGACCGUGCAAACGGGCGAUGAUGGGAGCCUGGCGCAGGAGGAGGAUGGCGCUCUGCGGACAUCCUGCCACGUGUUCAUGGUGGACCCGGACCUGUUCAGUCACAAGAUCCACCAGGGCAUUGCCCGGCGCUUCGGGUUUGAGUGCACGGCCGACCCUGACACCAACGGCUGCCUGGAGUUCCCCGCGUCCUCUCUCCCCGUCCUCCAGUUCAUCUCCGUGCUGUACAGGGACAUGGGCGAGCUGAUCGAGGGGGUGCGGGCCCGGGCCUUUGUGGAUGGGGACGCGGAUGCCCACCAGAACACCAGCACCAGUAGCAACAGUGACAGUGGCAUCGGCAACUUCCAGCACGAGGAGAGGAGCAGCCGGGUGCUGGUGGUGGACCUGGGCGCCGGCUCCAGCAGGCACGGCCCCAGCAGCAGCGCCUGGGAGGGCAUGGGCACCAGGGGCUCCCAGCCCUGGGGCGCCUCCUGGAAUGGGGCCUUCUGCCACGACCCUGAAGUGGGGCCCCCGUUUGAGGCCACUCCGCAAGCUGACAGGUGCCGGGACUUUGGGAAGCACCUCGGGCCCACGUCUCAUGGGGAGGCGCCCCCCGCCUCCUUGCGGUGUCCGGUCCCCCCUUCCAAGAGGGGCGCCGGGGGCCCUGGCAGUGGUUUCAGCCAGCGGUGGCUCCCAGUCCACGUGCUGCAGGAGUGGCAGUGCGGCCACGCCAGCGACCAGGAGUCUUACACGGACUCCACGGACGGGUGGUCCAGCAUCAACUGCGGCACGCUGCCCCCUCCCAUGAGCAAGAUUCCGGCCGACCGCUACAGGGUGGAGGGCAGCCCCGCGCAGCCCCCGCCCAGCACCCAGAAGAGGGACUGGGCCAGGAAGGCGCUCGGGGUGCAGAACAUUUUCGGUCACCACCGACACGUCAGAAAGACUAAGGAAGACACGAAGGGCUCAAAGUUUGGGCGGGGCCUUGGGCUGGCCCUGCCACCUCAGCGCGCCUCUGCUCGGAGAUCUUUCGGGAGGGCCAGGAGGCUGAGCAUCACCCGCUCCCUUGAUGAUCUCGAGUCUGCAACUGUGUCUGAUGGUGGUGCUGAAAAGCUUCCACGGGACGUUGUGAGAGCAGCCACAUCUGACAGUCCUGACACCACUCACUGUUUCCCCAGUGAGCUCACAUCAGUCGAGUUCCAGGUCACUGACACCAGCGAGCUGAGCGGCGCCGACCUGAAGGACUGUGUGAGCAACCACAGCCUGAGCAGCAAUGCCAGCCUCCCCAGUGUGCAGAGCUGCCGGCGCCUGCGCGAGCGGAGGGUUGCCAGCUGGGCCGUGUCCUUCGAGCGUCUUCUGCAGGACCCGCUGGGCGUGCGAUACUUCUCCGAUUUUCUAAGGAAAGAGUUCAGUGAAGAAAACAUUUUAUUCUGGCAGGCCUGCGAGUAUUUUAGUCAUGUUCCUGCACACGACAAAAAAGAGCUCUCCUACAGGGCCCGCGAGAUCUUCAGUAAGUUCCUGAGCAGCAAAGCGACCACUCCAGUCAACAUCGACAGCCAGGCCCAGCUGGCGGACGACAUCCUCCGUGCCCCUCACCCCGACAUGUUCAAGGAGCAGCAGCUUCAGAUCUUCAACCUGAUGAAGUUCGACAGCUACACGCGCUUCCUGAAGUCCCAGCUGUACCAAGAGUGCAUCCUGGCCGAGGUGGAGGGCCGCUCACUGCCUGACGCACAGCAGGUCCCCAGCAGCCCUGCCUCCAAGCACAGCGUCGGCUCGGACCACUCAAACGUGUCCACGCCAAAGAAGCUGAGUGGAAAAUCAAAAUCAGGACGCUCCCUGAAUGAGGAGCUGGGGGACGAGGACAGUGAGAAGAAGCGGAAAGGCGCGUUUUUCUCUUGGUCCAGGACCAGGAGCACUGGGCGCUCCCAGAAGAAGAAGGACCACGGCGACCGUCCAAAUGACCCCCUGCACGCCAAUGGAGGCCUGGGCCGCAGGGAGUCGCAGGGCUCCGUGUCCUCUGCCGGGAGCCUGGACCUGCCAGAGGCCUGCAGGACCCUGGGGCCCGAGAGGGACAAGGCCACCAAGCACUGCAGCAUCCAGCUGCCCGAUGGGACGUCUUGCAUGGUGCCCGUCAGGGAAGGGCUCUCCAUCAAAGAGGUCCUGUCCGGGCUCUGCGAGCGACAGGGAAUCAACGGGGCCGCCGUGGACCUCUUCCUGGUGGGCGGGGACAAGCCUCUGGUGCUGCAUCAGGACAGCAGUAUCUUGGAGUCCAGGGACCUGCGCCUAGAAAAACGCACUUUAUUUCGGCUGGAUCUGGUGCCGAUUAACCGGUCCGUGGGACUCAAGGCCAAGCCCAGCAAGCCCGUCACGGAGGUGCUGAGGCCCGUGGCGGCCAAGUACGGUCUGCGCCUGAGCGAGCUGGUGGCCCGGCUGAACGGAGAGAAGGAGCCCCUGGACCUGGGAGCCCCCAUCUCAAGUCUGGACGGACAGCGGGUCAUCUUGGAGGAGAAGGACCCCUCCCGAGGGAAAGUGUCCACAGAUAAACAGAAAAGUGUGCCAGUCAAACAGAGCACAUCUGCCAGCACCAGUUCCAGAAGCCAGUCGGCUACGGGAGAGGAGAGAACACUAGGCAAGUCUAAUUCUAUUAAAAUAAAAGGAGAAAAUGGGAAGAAUGCUAGGGAUCCCCGGCUUUCAAAGAGAGAAGAAUCUAUUGCAAAGAUUGGGAAAAAAAAAUUUCAGAAAAUUAAUUUGGACGAAGCAGAGGAGUUUUUUGAGCUCAUUUCCAAAGCUCAGAGCAACAGAGCAGACGACCAGCGCGGGCUGCUGAGGAAGGAGGACCUGGUGCUGCCUGAGUUCCUGCGUCUGCCCCCCAGCCCUACGGAGCUCACCCCAUCCUUGGCCUCCGCCAAGGCCUUCGGCCAGAGACCCAUAACAGGCCACGGCAAGGAGAGGGCUCCCGGGCCCCAGGAGCCACAGGGGCCUGCCUGGGACUGCCGAGAAAGCCCAGCCACCAGCCCUGGCUCUGCGGACAGCGCGCCCUUCUGUGCCCCCGGGACCCCCAGCCCCCCGGUGCAGGAAGCAGAGGCCGGGGACGUCCAGACCGUGGAGGGCGAGCAUGUGGCUGACCUGACGCUCACGGGGGAGGGAGACAUCAACAGCCCCAACAGCACCUUCCUGCCGCCACCCCCUGCCCCGUGGAACUCGGCGGGGCCUGCGAGACCAGGAGGUGGGGCCCGAAGCAGCCGAGGCCCCCAGGUCAACUCGAUCAUCGACGUGGACCGUGUCACUGGCUCAGCUUCUGGGCUGGGCAGCAGCAUUCCAGGGGUACGGACAGGCCCCCGGAGAUCACGGGCCAGCAGGGCCUCAACGUCAGACCACCCUGGCCUGAGUCCUGUCCGGGGUGGGCCUGCUAAGCCCAAGGCCAGCCCACACCACGCAACCUUCGUCUGAGGCUGCCUGCGGACCUGUCCCUGAAGGCCACCCCUCCUGCCCCUGUGCCUGAGCUGCCCUGCUGGCCGUACACGUGGAGAACAGGAUCCCUUGGGGGCAGCCUACACCCGCCUGGGCCUCCUCGGCCACCACGCCUUCGAGAGCCGAACCAGGAGAGGGCGGAGGGGCCCGGGCUCGGACAAUCGCCAAGGUUGGCCCAGAGGGCCGCUCGGCGCCUGCCUGCUGCCGCCACUCGGCGUCCGGCCUUCCCUCAAUAAAGUGUCUUUGAGGACCUGGA